ACUCUAGUUUAACAGCGAGCUGGGGUUCACGAUGUGGAAGACAGGGAUCCUCCUGCUCCUGCUUCGGGUGCUCCUGGCGUCCGGCGAACUCCAGCAAGAGACGGAAUCGCGGAGACUCCCACCGCCGGGAAAGUUGGAUUUCGGUUAUGUGCCUGCGGGAGUUUACGAGACACUGGCCCACUACGAACCUGGACCGAUUGGGAUUCUGUUUCACAUGGUGCACACGUAUCUGUACAUCGUGCAACCCAACGUUUUCCCUCAAGAUCUUCUUGUCAAACUGGCGAAGGACAGGUUUGGAGCCAUUCAGACAGAAUAUCAAAAGGCCAUCUACUACGAGAUAGGCUUCCUUGUAUGUGCAGCGGUUGGCCUGCUGUUCGCCAUCCUGAUGCCCAUAAUCGGACUCUUCUUCUGCUUGUGCCGCUGCUGUGAUAACUGCGGCGGGGAGAUGCACCAACGGCAGAGGAAGAACGCAGACUGUCGGCGUGGCCUGCUGGGAACGCUGCUCUUCUCCACCUCACUGGUCAUCACGAUUGGAGUGCUGUGUGCGUAUGCUGCCAACCAGAACCUGAGCUCACAAGUGAAGAACAUACGGAGACUGGUCAACAGCAACAUGAGGGACCUGCAAACCUUCGCUAAUGACACACCAAUGCAAAUUGAUUACCUAAUAUCCCAAUACGCCACAGCCAAGAACAAAGUCAUCUAUGACCUAGAUAAUAUUGGUCCGUUAUUGGGUGGAAGGAUACACGAUCAGUUGGAUAAGGAGGUCCACCCUGCCCUGGACAAAGUGCUCAAUAUGGCUGGAGCCAUGCGAGAAACCAAGGAAGCCCUGGAGAAUGUUAGUGUUUCUCUCGAAGUCCUCCAGGAAGGAACAGGAAAACUCAAUUUUAACCUGAGCCUGGUCCGGAUCAGUAUUAACCGCACACUAAACGACCCCGGCUGUCAUGACGAGGAUUCAGACGCCACAACUGCCCAGCUGUGCCGCAACAUCCGCCAGUCACUGUCCCAGCUGCAGAUCAGCGCCAACUUCACACGGCUACCCAAAGUCACGACUCAGCUGGAGAAGAUGAACAAUGUAUUGAAAACAGACCUCAGCACUAUUGUCCAGAGGGGUCACUCCUCUUUGAACAACACACCAAGCAUGGUGACUGAACAGACCAGGAGUGUCGUGGAGAAUGUGCAGAGUCUGGUGGACGACAUUGGCAGUAACAUCAGCAGCUUUUCCAAGGCGUUCCCGGUGCAGAGCUGCCUGUCCAACUUCACUAUCUUCAUCAGCCAUGCUCACGCCAAGAUUGAGGACUACUAUCCUGAAAUUGACCAAAUGGACUUCUACAGGUGGAUUGGCUGUAUCGCUUUGUGCUGCAUGGUGGUCCUGGUCCUGGCCUUCAACUACCUGGGCCUGCUGUGUGGCACCCUUGGAUAUGACAAGCACGCCUCGCCUACAACACGGGGCUGCAUCUCUAACACAGGAGGAACGAUGCUCAUGGCUGGUGUUGGAUUCAGCUUCAUCUUCUCCUGGGUGUUGAUGGGAGUGGUGACCGUCAUCUUCCUGACUGGAGGAAACUUAGAGAAACUUCUCUGUGAACCUUUCCAGUCUAAAGAACUCUUUAAGGUUGUGGACACGCCAUAUCUGGUCAACUCAGAGUGGAAGAACUUCAUCCCUGGCUACAUGUACAACGACUCUGACCUCGAGCUGACUUCGGAGAGUUUGUACAGUACUUGCAAAGAAAACAAAGGCAUCUAUUCCGCCAUGCGUCUGGACAAAGUCUUCAACAUCUCCUCUUUCCUGAACACUACAGUGUUUACUAAGGAUAUGGUGAGUCAGCUGGAUAGCGUGAAGAUCGACCUGAGGGCAAUAAUCUUGUUAGAGGCGGAGGGGAAACAGAACCUGCUGGAUUUCUCCGAAGCAGGACUGUCAGAAAUCAACUAUGCCGACUACCUGGAAGAGGUUAACAAAGGAAUCACUGUGGUGGACCUGCUCUCAUUUGCCAGAGAGCUGGAGGCCCAGACGGACCUCAUGCCGAGAGGCCCUCUGCAGUCUGCUCUGAAAGGCUAUGUCGGCACUCUGCGGCAGAUCCACAGCCAACAGAUCAUCCCCAUGGAGCAGGCCAUGAGCGCAUUGAACCAGAGUAUGAGAUUCCUGGAGAGAACAGCGUCAGACCUGCCGAACAAAGUCUUAGCAGUUCUUGAGGCCAUUGAAAUCGCACAAUAUCUCAUCUCCCAGAAUGCUACACAUUUAAUCAAACAGGAAACAGAAAAAUACACAGCGACCCUCGUUGGCUACUUCCAUCAAUACGUAGAAUGGGUCAGAACAUCUCUGGCCAUGGAGGUAGCACCAUGCAAGCCCUUCAGCAACAUGGUGGACACAGCGGAGAUCAUAGCUUGCAGUUUCCUGAUCGACUCUAUGAACACUUUCUGGAUGGGUCUGGGCUGCAGCACCCUCUUCCUGCUCCCAAGUGUUAUCCUUGCAGUGAAAUUAGCCAAGUUCUACCGCAGGAUGGACACAGAGGAUGUUUACGACGAGUGA